UUUUAAUCUCUUAUAAGCAAAAAUUCCUCCAUUUCCUCCUCUCUUUCUUAAAAACUCUAUUAAAAAAGAGGUUUUCAUGGCUUCACUGCUUUUGGCUUUCAGCACCCAGAAAAGAACUCCACCACCUCUCUCUAAAGGUCUCUUGCCAAGAUACAACCUCAGUAGACCUAAAUCUCUCUUUCUUCUGAACAAACCCUUUUCACCAAAUUCUACAACUCUCAAGAUCAGAGGCUCAUCUGUAUCAAGUGCUUUAACUCCACAACUAAACGAAACCCUAGUUAAUCAAGAAGACGAGAGGCCUCUUAGCGAAAUUUGGAAGGAAAUUCAAGGCUGCAAUGACUGGGAAGGACUACUGGACCCAAUGAAUUCCCAUCUCCGCAAAGAAAUCAUUCGUUAUGGAGAAUUUGCACAAGCAUCCUACGAUUCUUUCGAUUUUGAUCCUCACUCUAAGUAUUGUGGCUCAUGCAAAUACCGAGGAGCUCAGUUCUUUGAAAAGUUGGAUAUGCAAGGCCAUGUUAAUUACCAAAUAAGCAGAUACCUCUAUGCAACUUCAAAUAUUAACCUGCCAAAUUUCUUUCAAAAAUCCAGGCUAAGCAGAGUUUGGAGCACACAUGCGAACUGGAUGGGGUACGUUGCUGUCACGACAAAUGAAGAAGAGAUCAAACGGCUAGGGAGGCGCGACAUAGUCGUUGCAUGGAGAGGCACAGUCACAUAUCUAGAAUGGAUUUAUGAUCUCAAAGAUAUCCUUUGCGUGGCCAAUUUCACUAAUGAUCCAUCCAUCAAGAUUGAGUUGGGUUUUUAUGAUUUGUAUACCAAGAAAGAGAAUUCUUGCAAGUACUGCACAUUCUCAGCUCGCGAACAAGUUUUGGCUGAGAUUAAGCGGCUUCUUGAUUACUAUAGAGGUGAAGAAAUUAGUAUUACCAUCACGGGGCACAGCCUCGGGGCAGCUUUGGCUACUUUAAGUGCUUAUGAUAUUGCAGAGAUGAGACUUAAUUACAUGGAUGAUGGAGAGUAUAGGACUAGAAUUCCUAUCACGGUCUACUCUUUCUCGGUCCUCGUGUGGGAAAUCUUAAAUUCAAGGAACGGUGCGAUGAGCUCGGGGUUAAGCUACGCGCAUGUUGGGGUGGAACUUGCAUUGGAUCACACCCAUAGCCCAUUUCUAAAGCCUACUAAAGAUCUCGGUUGCGCACAUAAUCUUGAAGCUCAUUUACACUUGGUGGAUGGCUACCAUGGCAAAGGCCAGCGAUUUUGCUUGGCGACAAAAAGGGAUAUCGCCCUUGUUAACAAAAGUUGCGACUUCUUGAGGAGGGAGUACGGGGUGCCACCGUAUUGGCGGCAAGAUGAGAACAAAGGGAUGGUGAGAAAUGCUGACGGCCGGUGGGUUUUGCCAGAGAGGCCCAGAGCGGACGCUCAUCCAGCAGAUACGGCACAUCACGUUGAACAAGUGCUCAAGAAUAUCGCUGGUUCUUCUCAGAUGGAGGCUCUAUAAGUAUUGAUGAUAAUAGUGACUAAAUUGAAUGUGCUUGCUUGUCAUCUUCAUUUUAUUGUGCUAUCAUGAAGUACUGUAUCCAUGUCCUAUAAUAUCCUAUCAGGUCCAUUAAGGGCCAUGGUGUUUAAUUUGCAGGGUUCAAGAUCAAAACCCGAGAAUAAAUUUUGCUGCCUUUUCUGCGUCACGCGUGACAAAUCACAUCACCUUAAAUCUUAUUGUAAUAUAUCGCCCGAAAUAAUCCCAACUCCAGGCGCUUUUAGUGAA